AUGUUCUUCAAUGUAAAUGCUGCUUCAACAUUUGGAAAUCCAUUUCAAGCAAAUAGAUUUCUCAAUAAUUAUGCUAAUCAAUUUUCGAAAUUAAGUAAAAAUCAAGUAAAAGUUUUAAAUUUAGGUUUUGCUCGUGGUUUAACAUCAAUAGGUGUUUGUCAACUUGCUGAUCAUACAUUUCUUCUUCAAAAUGAUGAUCAAUGUCAAAUGUUAUAUGGAAAUCAAAUAGCAAUGCAAAUUGAAGAACAUCUACCAAUGGGAAAUUUGAAUGAUAAUGAACCAUUGACUGUUCAAGGUUUAGAUUCACUUCUUGCUAUUGAAUUAAGUGUAGGUUUAAAGAAACAAUUUGGAUUAGUCAUCAGUGAAUUAGCGUUACUUGGUGGAUUAUCUGUUAAACAAAUUGUAGAAUCUGUUUCUCUUUAA